CGCGUGCAUAUUCGUAUCGGCCGACGCCCAUCCGAUCGCCAGGUGCGCGUGCGCCCGUGCUGGACCCGGAUCCCGAGGCUGGCCGCCACCCACCGCGCCGCACCCUUCCCCUCGACGCCACCGCGCCCUACACUGGCCGCGCGGGCCCCACCCGGCCACCCCCCGCCGCGUCGGGUCAAACUCCACCACCCCAUCUCCCUCACCUCACCUCGCCUUCACCUCAGCUCACGGCCUCACCCGUCCACCCACCCACCCGCCUCGCCUCCAUCCACAGCGACCACGCCCAUCUUCGCUCUGUCCGCUCACCCCCACCUCUCCGCCCCCGUCUCCGUCCGCACCCGUCCGCCUCCGACUUCCCCGUGGCCCAGCCGGAUCCGGAGCCGAACUCGACCUUGUUCAGGAAGGAGAGCCCGAACCGCGGCGGGCGGGAGGGCUCUUUUUAGCUUGCCCCGCCUGAGGCCAGCCGCCCCAUGGGCCAGUCGCCUGAGCGCGCUACGUAUCAGCUCAUCGACCGGCGGGAAGGGCUUGGGUAAAUCAUUAUUGAAAGCAUCUCCCUUUUACAUGUAACCUUGCAUACAAUAUCUGUUAAGAUGAGUUCACUAAAUAAAGUUGUUUCAAAUAGUGGAGAUGCAUGUUCAGUCUUAGCUAGUAAAGUCACAUCAUUAAAUCCCAAUGCAGCGGAGUUUGUACCGUCAUUUGUUAAACCAUCUUUUGGAAAUGGUACAGUUCUAGAUAAGUCAGAUUUCAGGGGUUCUUCUGGAAAAACAAUUCUAGAUAGGCCUGAGCCAUCAAAGUCUAAUAACUCAGAUGAUGAGGCACACCAGUUUUGGCAUAAGCAGCUUCCGGAUGACAUUAUUCCAGACUUCACUUCUUUUGAGAAAGUUGAACAAGGGCCUGAACUGUCCCUUGCUGGAUUAUCCUUGAAUGCACCCCCCUUUUAUGGGACAACUUCCAGUCGCUUCUCAAGAGAAUAUCACGAAUUAUCUUCUCCAGUUACCAAGGGCCUGGAACUGGAACUAGAACAUACUAAUAUGCUAUAUGAAGAUAAAAGCAACUGGGAGCAAAAUUAUAUUGGUGAUCUUCAUAUUGCUAAUGGAAACCAGGACCUUCAUUAUGAUUCUGAAUCUGGUGUAAGCUUUUCUGAUAGCUUUGCUAGUGAGUAUGUUGCCCCAUCAGAUGGCCUUUUUGCUCCCCUGGAGUACUUGGCAUCUCAGUUCCCUGGAUUUUCAGCAGAGAGCCUUGCAGAGCUUUACUACGCAAAUGGGUGUGAUUUCAACCAUACUAUUGAAAUCCUCACCCAGCUAGAGAUGCAAGUUGAUGCUACACCCAAUCACACACUGAAUCUGCCCCACAGCACACCGAACUUCAGCACUGGGGAUUUCCCUGCACUUCCAACAGCUGAGGACCAAAAUGGUUUCAAUCAGGGUAAUGUGGAUGUACUUGGCAUGUUCAAUGGGCGCAGUUCAUCUGCGAUGCCUACUGGAGCUGGUGAUUUUGUUUCAGCCGUUCGCAAACUUGCAUCGCAGAACUCUGGCCAGUGGAAGUUUAAAAAAGGUCCUGAGUAUGGUAAUGGCAUUUCAGCUCUUUCUGUACCCAAGCAGUACAGUUCUAGCACUAAACAAUCGUCUGGGAACAAGUUUCAAAGCAUCAGCAGUGGAAGAGUUGCCCCAUGGCUUGAGACUGGUGAUGCAGUGGCAAGUAUGUACUCAGAAUCAAGGGGAGAGGCUCGUGAUUUUGCUAGGGUCCGGAAUACCUGCUUUGAGCAGGCUAGACAGGCUUACUUGGUUGGCAACAAGGCUCUUGCGAAGGAGCUCAGCAUGAAGGGGCAGGCCUACAAUGUGCAAAUGAAAGCGGCUCAUGAGAAAGCUAGAGAAGCUAUUUACCGACAAAGGAAUCCUGUUUCUUCCCAACGUGGGGGUGGUGACCACCUGAUUGAUUUACAUGGCCUGCAUGUGAACGAAGCAAUCCACAUCCUGAAGGGUGAGCUCACCGCCUUGAAGAGCGCGGCGAGGGCAGCAGGGGAGAGGAUGCAAGUCAUGGUUUGCGUUGGAACAGGCCACCACACCAAGGGCUCUCGCACUGCGAGGUUGCCCAUCGCUGUGGAGCAGUUCCUGCUGGAUGAAGGCCUCCAGUACACGCAGCCUCAGGCGGGUCUGCUCCGAGUGAUGGUGUACUAACAUCUCUUAGGUGAGACAUCACGGUGAGGAAAAAAACUCCAAAAAAAGAGAAAAGAGAUGUACGAAAACGCAGGAAAAAAAAGCGUCGUUGGAGCACGCACUGUUAUUCCGUGUAGCUGUAUAUUAAAAGAGGCAGCAGGAGAAUAGCCUGACAACAGGAUACAGUGUAAAAUUAUACGUAGCUUCCUUCAUUCAAUUCACAUUCCUUUUCCAUCCA